UAAAAAAAUAAAGUAAUAUAAAAGACACGCAUCGAACAUUAACUUCAUCAGUUUUAUUCUUUAACUUGGAGCGUGGUCAUAGAAAGCGCAGCGUUUCGCUUGUUUCAAUAUCAACCAGCAGCACGAUGGAACGGCUUUGGGUAGCACUUCUGGUAGUGGGCAUCACAGCAAUAUUUGCAUCGGAUAUUGGAGGCAGUGUUUUGCAUGGAAUUGAAGGCCAGCCAGAUUACCUGCAGUGGAUACCUCAUGAAUUAUUAUAUACAAACAUCCCUCCACCGAUACUUUUGUCACAACUCCAUCAUGGCUUGAGGAUUGAUGAAGCCUCUGCAAUUCGUAAUGGAAUUGAACAAGGACAGUCUCAGCGUGUUCCGGCGGCAGUGGUAGAAGAGGCCCAUUCACCGUUACUUUUGUCAAAACAGCAUCAUGGCCUGAGGAUUAAUGAAGCCCUUGCAAUUCGUGAUGGAGUUGAACAAAGACAGUCUCAGCGUGUUCCGGCGGCAGUGGUAGAAGAAGCCCAUUCACCGGUACUUUUGUCACAACAGCAUCAUGGCCUGAGGAUUAAUGAAGCCCUAUCAGUGCGUGAUAGAAAUGAACCAGGACAAUCACAGUAUGUCUCGUUGGUAGAAAAAACCCCUACUGAACUACUUCCUGUCCCACCUAGUACUGAACACUUAGCAGAAAGCAGUAGAAACAUUCCUAUAACAGAGGAAGAGUUAUUUGAUGGUAUUUUUGGACGGCAAUCAGGUUCAUCUAAAGGCGAUAAUGAUGCAGUCAUGCCUCCAUCAGAACAAUCAAAUAGUAAAGUGUCAAAAACUCCAGUGACUCAGCCCAUUUCAGAUACAUUAGUUGUUGAAAGUUCAGAUCCUCCGAUUCCUGUAACCCAAACGGAAGGAAGCUCCUUGCUUCCUGAAACCAAACAAAAUAAUAGCGCCACUGCCAGUAAAGUUAAUAUAAUUACGGGAGUAGGAAAACUUCAUAUGGAAGCGUCUCUACAAUCUCGUGGGAAAGGUGACCUUGAACUCAUUGUUGGAGAGAUAACCACGCUCCAUGAUAAUUCCAGUCCAGAAAAUAAUACAGAACCACCUGCAUUACAAAUUGCAAAAGAACCCAAGCCCAAUAUUUUAACCACUGUUAAUGUCAGCGUGAAUGUAAAUGGAGACGGAACCGGAAGUGUUAUAAACUCAACUUCUGCUGCAGAUAUCACCACACCAAUUAAAACAAACCACAAAAAAUGCAAUUAAAUAUAAUUGAAUUUGUUUAUCUUUG